CAUUUUCGCACCCUAUAUUGGGAGUCCACACGUGUUCCUCGCCCGCAUUCUGUCGCUCUUUCGUCGCUCUCGUGAAGUAAUCCAACUCCAACAAACCCCGAGGUAUGAGAUCUUCUCUCGUCGCGGUUCUCGCACUGUCGAAGUUGCUGCAGUACAGGACAGAAAGUCCUAGUUUGUUGCUCCGCGGCCUAAAACAAAAGCAGCAGCAGAAUAGCCAAGCGCAUGGCCAGGGAUCGUCAUCGCAAUCUCAACGCACCGCUACUUCGACGUCCACAACACAAUCUGCUCCAACCAGAAGCCCUCAUGCUACCACACCACGUACAGCAACCGUGCAGUCACGACUCCUCACAUUGUUGGCUCGUCUCGUACUUUUGAUUUGUUGUGCACCUUUCCAAGCAUCGAUGGCCAUUAAUGUUGAAUAUUGAGGUCGUAGACUGCAACUCAACACUCGUUCAUUUAUUCUCACUAACCGUAUAUAGUAUUCCGGACAUUCCUGAUACACUUGACAUGCAGACACUCAGGCUCGUUCUCAUUUGAGACUGAGGGAAUACUCACCUUUGUACCUAGUUAUUUCGUCAGUUAAUGCUGCAG